AUGGCCAGCACCAACGCCGCAGCCGACUACAAGGUCAGGAAGGAAGCGUUUGUGUCCAAUCUUUCGGGAGGUACUAUCACCGAGAUCAACCUCGUCACCUUGGUUGCACCCGCAGCACUCCUUCUCUGGACUGCACUUCAACGGACACAAUCUUUCUUCACACCAUACACGCCUCUGGCCUACUUGGUGGACUUCCUGCUCAAUGUCUGCGCCAUCCUGUUCGCCUUCACCGCCUACAGCUCUGCUCCCCUGGCCCUCAAUAUCUUCUUGGCUACCCCAUCUCUGCUACUUCUCCUCCUACAGCAACCAAAGGGUGAUGCUUCGAACGGCUCAGUCAAGAAAUCGAAGUCCAAGAAAUCGACCGAAGUCUCCUCGAACACCAGUACCCUCGUAGCUCGUCCGUUCUUGACCCACUAUCGUGGAGCCAUGAUGGUCGCCACCCUUAUCGCCAUCCUCGCCGUCGACUUCCCAAUCUUCCCUCGCCGCUUUGCCAAGGUCGAAACUUGGGGAACCUCGCUCAUGGAUCUCGGUGUCGGCUCCUUCGUUUUCGCCGCCGGCGUGGUCUCCGCUAGAGUGCUUCACAAGCGGGAUGACUCAGGAAGCCAGAGACCUGGAUUCGGGGCUCGGAUGCUCGCAUCUGUACGCCACUCAGUACCCGUUCUGAUACUCGGCUUCAUCAGGCUCAUGAGUGUCAAAGGCCUGGAGUAUGCCGAGCACGUCACCGAGUAUGGCGUCCACUGGAACUUCUUCUUCACCCUGGGCUUCUUGCCGCCCUUUGUCGAGCUGGCCGACUCGAUUCCAGGUAUCAGGAAGUGGAACAGCAGCUACGCCAUCUUGGCACUCAUCAUCUCGCUCGCCUACGAAAUCGUGCUCAAUAACACCGAGCUCCUUUGGUACAUCCUCGUCAGCGACCGAGGUCCUGAUCUCCUCUCCAAGAACCGCGAAGGCGUCUUCUCUUUUAUUGGCUACCUAGCCAUCUUCUUGAAGGGUCGCUCGACCGGAGCCCCCAUCGUGGUCCUCCAGCCCGUGCCAAAGCUGCAGGCCGGUGCCGAUGGCCACCUCGAAGCCGAGCGAGAACGAUAUGUACUUCUCAGAAUGUUGGCUUUCGACGCCGUCUUCAACACCGUCAUCUAUGUUCUCUCCACCAGUGUCUUUGGCUUCAACCUAAACGUCUCACGCCGCCUGGGGAAUCUUCCCUACGUCUUCUGGAUUGCUGCCUUCAAUAGCGCCCAGAUCGGAGUUUUCGCGCUCGUCGAGGCAUGUGGGCCUCGCAUAUCUUACAGAAAGGAUGAUCUACAUCAGAUCAAGGAUGCAUCCAGCAGGGUUCUUGCAGUCUUCAACCAGAACGGUUUGGUGGUCUUUCUGAUCGCGAAUUUAUUGACUGGUCUGGUCAAUAUGACGCUCAACACGCUUGACAUGGGCGGUCUCAGCGCGAUGGCGGUCCUUGUACUAUAUGCAGCUACUUGCACAGGCGUGGCGCUUGCCCUGGACAUGUCGGGACUGAGGAUCCGACUGUGA